AUUUACAUAACCUCGGACAUGAAUGCGCGGUGCUGGAUGUUUGUUCACGUGCGUGUUUUUCUGAGUAAAGAAACUAGAAUAUAGUUGUUGUUUCUUCAUCUUUUAUGGAGUUUUGCCCAUUUUGGCUGGGCCUUUUUUUUUUUGGUCCAUCUUGUGAAUCCAGGUCCCCAUCCUGUGUGCCAGCAUGUUGACUCCGCUCAGGCGAGCCGGCUCUGUGGUGGUGGUGAAUCUGGCUUCUCUUCCAGUAUUGACUUGUCGCUAUGCCAGUCGCAGUGCCAGGGGCUGGAUGGGAUCUGCUCCUCGCAGCCAUUCCUCCGCAGGAAACAGAAGCACAGAGCAGCAUGAUGUUUCGCAGGACGACCUUGACAUGGAUGAAGUGGAAUCCAAACUGGAGGCUCUUGUGAAAGAGGAGAGGAAAAGGGAGAAAUCUGCCAAAUUUCACAAGAUCAGGCGGAAGCUGAGUAGCUCUGGCCCCCCAGAAAGAGGAUUAAGUUGGGAUGCCAUUCAGCAGAUCAGGUACCUAAAGCAGGAGUCACCACAGGAAUGGACGCUGCAGAGGUUAGCCGAGGGUUUUUCCGUUAGCACUGAUGUCAUCUCCAGGGUUCUUCGCAGCAAGUUCACCCCACCUCCAGAGAGGAGGCUUAAACAGGAUGCCAAAGUCUUAACCAGACUCGGACAGCUUUCCCUCGAAGAUGGUAAAACAAACCAGUCACCAAAGGACAAAUCACAACUGCCUUUACCCACCAGCAACGUACCAGCCUUGAUUUCCUCUGGGAACACGAGCACAAUCAUUGCCCUGGCCAGUGGAGCUCGGACACCUGCAGAGUGUGCAGCAGGACUGGUUCCAACUGCUGCUAACGUUCCAUCGCCUUCAGUAAAAACAGAUCAGAUAUCAAAGAUGGCUCAGGGGACAUUACAGGAGCAGCCUGCUGUGAGACAAGAGCCUGCAGAGGUUAAAGAACGAGGUGUAGAAGUGGAGGAGGAAGAGGAGUGGGAUGGAGUGGUUUUCACAGAUGAAGGACUAGAGGAAUUUAUCCACACACUGCAAGAAAAACCCAGUGCAGUAGAACAAAAGGGCAGGGAGUUUUAUGACUGCGAUGGCAACUUCUUAUACAGGAUCUGAAUAAAUUUUCAUGAAUUAAAUAUUAAAUGCACUGGUCUUGUACAUCCAUC